UUAUCAUCAUAGUUCGAUAGAUUAACAGAUUCAGAAGAAUUCGAAAUGUUAUCGAAUUUUUUCCAUACAAAUGUUGAACAGUCAUGUAUGGCAAUUAUUAUUUUUUUGUCGUCAUUUAGUGUGAUACGUGUCUGUGAUAUGGAUCUUGUGACUUUGGAUAAGUUCGUGAAAAAUAUCGAUUCAUUUCUAUCGGCUCGAUUAUUGAAUAUUCUGGCCGAGAAAUUUUCCGAUGAUAAAAUAAAAGCAAUCCAAAUGCCCGAUUGUUUAUCAAGUAAUCAAUUGAAAUGUCUAUGUGAAUCGUUGUUGGGUAAUUCGGACAACAAUCAAUUCAGUAUUAUGUCCGACUGGUUUUAUCCAUACGCUGGAAAUAUUUCAUUCAUACGAUCAACGAAAAAAAAUGGAUUAAACGGCGGUACUUAUUCGAAUGUUAACAACAGUCGACGUUCUAUUCGUUUAAAUUUUCAAUCGAUGCAAUCAAUCAAAGAUCUAUUGUUAAAAUUUUCGAUCAACAAAUUGAAAAAACAAACUUCUCAUCAAUAA